AACUGGCAUCUCCCUCGAGUGCGUGAUAAGAGAUGAUAAAAGGCGGAGAUAGAUCCACAGAAUCUAAACACCCGUAUUUUUGUAAUAAACUAACCAACCAACCAACCUCCCUCGAGAUAUUCUAGCAAGUAACAAUUUUUUGUAAAAUAGUUUCAACGCUAAUUUAUCGUAUAGAAUUCUUUUGUUAUUCGGUAAAAAUAAAUCAUAAAUGAUUUUUCGAAACCAUCGGUAUAUAAAUUACAAAACUGUUGUAAAAGAUAUACAACAUACAUCGGUAGGCAUUAAAAAUUAAAGAGAAAAAAGAAAAGACGCGAGGACUAAUGACAGCUAAUAACGUUCAACUGGUAUCACAGAUGUUGACAAGUUGAUCGUCAAACAUUUUUUUUUUACAACAAAACGUUCAAAAUAGACAUUAAAUUGUACGUUUAUAUGUCAAAGUAGCAAUUUGUCUUGUUUAGAUGAAAAAAAAUUACUUUCACUAAAUACCUAUGUACAUUAAGUGAAAACAACGCGAGACUUUCCGAGACGUUUGGACGUAUAACCUAUCUUUCAAAUUGUCUUUCUGUUCGGUGUUUCAUCAAAAUUAAUCGGAAACAAUGCUGAAAAGGACUAUAUUGGAUUUAAAAUUAACGUUUGGAAAUAUUCGCUCGCGUUCUGCUAGUACGCUGUCGGUGAAAUGUAAGAAAAACGUCCAAGAUAAAAUGCAAGCUUGGCAAAUACACUCGUACGGUGGCCUGGAGGAAUUGAAGCUUUCCAACACCAGAAUUCCAAUGAUCACUAGACCAACGGAUAUUCUAGUAAAGGUCGAAGCAUCUAGCAUAAAUCCGAUAGACGUUGCUAUGACAAGAGGAUAUGGAGCAGCUGUUCUAAAUUUCAUGCGAAAAGCAAAAAGUCUUACUGGUGAACGAUACGAACAAUUGGAGCUUCCGUUGACUUUAGGCAGAGACUUUUCUGGUACGAUAGUUUCCAAAGGACACAAUGUGGGCACAAAGUUAAAAUUAGGUGACCAAGUAUGGGGUGUUGUCCCUGUAGAACGACAGGGUUGUCAUGCUGGUUACGUAGUUGUCGAUAGUACUUUGGUCGAUUUACGUCCUAAAAAUUUAUCAUCCGUCGAAGCAGCUAGUAUAUUAUAUGCUGGCCUUACGGCAUGGUCUGCUUUAUGGAUCACCGGUGGAUUAUGUUAUAAGAGUACAAUGGCCACGAGAAAAAAUAAUAGAAUUUUAGUACUAGGUGGUUCGGGUGGAGUAGGCACAUUGGCUAUACAACUCGCAAAGGCUUGGAACAUGCAUGUUAUUACCACUUGUAGUAGCGAUGCCAUAAAUCUGGUACAAAAAUUAGGAGCUGAUGUUGUAAUCGAUUACAAACUAGACGAUGCCGAUUCAAGAGUAAUCGCGGAAGGACCAUACAACAUAAUCUUGGAUUGCGCUAAUCAGGGGCCGAAUCUAAUACGAUCCAAGGGUUUUCCGCAUUGUACUUAUAUAACUUUAAAUUCUCCGUUGUUAAAAAAUAUCGAUCAACAUGGACUAAUUGCCGGUACAGUGAAAAAUAUAAGAGAACUGGUGAAAUAUAACAUCCCAACUGCGGAAAAUAAAAGCUUUGUAAAGUGGGGAUUCUUUGCGCCUUCGCAAGUCGGAAUUAAAGCACUUCAAGAAUUCGUUGAAAGGGGAAAGGUUGUCCCUGUAGUAAAAAAAGUAUAUCAAUUCCAUGAAUUACCAUUGGCGUAUGAUAGAGUGGCUCAAGGUCACUUACGGGGUAAAUUGGUUGUUGAUAUGAGAUAGUAUUCUUUCAUUUAAAGAAAACAAAAAACCAAAAAAGUAUAAUAAUAAUAAUAAUAAUAAUCCAACGAAUGAGUAAAAACAAUAUCAUACAAAAUUAUUUAUUCCAUACAGAUUGAGCAUGUUUUAUUGUCGAUAGGUGUUAAUUAUAUUUUUUACAUUUUUUUU